AUGGAAGACCUUGACGCGUAUCGUGCCGCCUGUGCCAACCGGAUUCGUCGUCUCGAAAGAUACAAGAAGGCUCGAAGCUUCUGUAGUCUGGAGACCGAGGAACCAACGUCUUCUUCUCCGUCUGUGAGCCCGAAUUCAGAUGCACAAAGUGGUGAUGGAUCUUCCACAUUCGAUAUGAUUCGCGAGAAGAUGUUCUCUUUGAUGGAGAACGACAUGACCCUGCUGAAGCAACUCCUUCAACUCGGCGAUCAAAUUAGCGAGAUCAAAAAGGAACGACUGCGAAGGACAAUGUCACAAAACAGUUUGGAAUACGAUGAAGAGGAUGAAAAAGAGGACAAAUUCGACUCUGAUCAGCAUGGAUUCUCGGCUUCAAUGAGCGCAGUUACCAAUUUAUAUGUGGAUGAUAACGUCCACAAUUCUUCUCUCGUCAGAAUUCCGUUCUUCGUAUUCCGAUUCCACCAAGAAGCAGUAACCGUUUCGGACCGAGACGUAACUCUUCAUGUGAAUAGUGAUGAUUCGGAUAGUGGCUCAACUGGAAGCAAAACUCAUUCUCCAAGCAGUUCGGUUUCUAACGCAUCCACCCUGAUUCUUCCAUCAAAGACUACCAAGAAUCGAUCUUCAAACUCUUCCAUCGAUUCUGGCAUCCGGGAUGAGGAUCAAAUGACCCCUUCUCCAACAUUCGAAAGUGUUGUCAUUUGA